AUGGAGACCGUAAAGGUCAAGUUUAUCAAUGACAUGAGGAUGGAAAAGCCACGGUUCAAGGGAUUCUUCCACGGAGUCAGGACUAUCGUCAGGGAAGAGGGCGUUGGAGGCGUUUACAAAGGUGUUACAGCGACUAUAAUGAAACAAGGUAGCAACCAAGCGAUUCGGUUCUUCGUGAUGGAGUCACUGAGAGACUGGUACAAGGGUGGAGACAGAGACAAGCAUGUUCCUAAAUACAUUGUUGGUCUUUUCGGAGGCAUUGCUGGUGCGGCAUCAGUCUUCGGAAAUACACCUAUAGAUGUCGUCAAGACCCGCAUGCAAGGUCUAGAAGCAGCCAAGUAUAAGAGCACCUGGGACUGCUUCAUCAAGACUUGGAAGCACGAAGGACCUCUGGCCUUCUACAAGGGCACAGUCCCCCGACUCAGUAGAGUAGUAUUUGAUGUUGCCAUAACAUUUACCAUUUACGAUAGUAUCAUGGACGUCUUUAACUACGUUUGGAAGUAA